GACGUCAUCAAGAAGGCGACCUGGCUGCUCACGCACGGCGCCGAGUUUGUGUGCACGGCCGAGGACGCCUUCAACCCGACGAAGGAGGGCCUCCCCCUCCCCGGGCCAGGGAUGUUCUCGGCCAUGUUCCGCAAGGUGACCUGGCCGCUCGGCCGCCACCGCCACCGCGUCCUGGGCAAGGGCGGCGGCGCGGCCGAGGGCGGCAAGUACAUGGUUGGGCACGCCAUCGAGAUGCUGCGCCUGCAGGGCUUCGACGGCGCGAGACCUGACCGCGAGCCGCACGAGAUCCUCAUCGUCGGCGACCGCUUCGACACUGACAUCCGCGCUGGCAUCGCGCUUGCGGGAGGCGGCCCAAGCGACUCGGUUCUGCGCCUCAUAGCACGUGUGGCAGACCUCCUCCCGCCCGAAUGGCGCGGGGGGGCGCUCGAUCGGCCGCUGGCGCGCCCAUGGGUGCACAGGAACGCGUCGAUGGACGACUUCUCAGCCUCGCCGCCCAGCUUGGCCACGAUCGCCUCGUCCAGGGACAGCAGCUGCGCGGACGACGCUGCGCCGAGCGGCAAUUUGCUUGGCCGCGCGGGCGCCGUCCGGGGCGAGAAGUCGCUCCGUGAGUGGACCCUCUCGCGCGGCGAUCUGGUGCACGCGGCGUCGAUGCGCCUCGGAGCACAUGAGCCGCUCAUCGGGCCGCUGCGCGCCUUCUUCGAGGCCAAGGCGCCGCCGCGCCGCCGCAAUUGCCGCACUGCCGAGCACGCGGCCACUGGCACCAUCGCGGCAGAGGACGUCAUGGUGGCCCUCAAGGAGCUUGGCCUCUCUCGGGGCCUCCCCGACGAGGCUGGCAUCCCCCUGCGCGGCGGCCGCGGCGACCCAGCACCCCCGCGGGUCAGCUUCCGCGAUUUUGUCGCCGAAGUUACGCGUGUCUUCUCCCUGGAAGCGACGGAGUGGUCGCUGCCGCAGGCCGCCGCCAGCCCUCCGGGAGGGGCGGCCGGCCGGCGGCGCAAGAGCUGCGAGCAGGCUCGGAUUCUGUACGGCUUGCGCGACGACGACGCGCCAAAGGCGGCGCAGCCCUUGUCUGCGCCGGGCCCAUGCCGCGUGCGCUCUGGCCGUGCGCGCUCGAGCAGCGACGUGCUUGGGCUCUGAACAGACGGGGACCGCCCCAGCGCCGUGUGUCAGUGUCAGGGCGGGCCGGCAGACAGAGAUCAGACUAGAGUACUGGUAAUAUAAUAGUAUGUACAUGGGUAAAGUGGGUUGAGGCGGGCUAGUACUGUAGGGUGGUCGGACUGUCUAUUGGGAUCGACCCCAGCUAUAGGCUACUACUACGGAGGUACUAGUAACUAGAGUUCGCGUGGGCCCACUCGCUUGCUUUUUUUGAUUUCGCUCCAGCCCUCUGGUCAUGGU